AAUAAAUAAAAUAAAAUAAAUAAAUAAUAAUUAACAAAUACGAAACAAUUUGCAAUACAAGCUAAGAAAAAGUGUGCAAGUGAGUGCAAUAGCAAAAUCUCAAGAGAUCUGCCUUAUAAAGGUUGCGAUAGCCUGAAGAAAACGGUUAAGAACCCGAUGAAACCGAAAUCUAUAUACAAAAUCCAUCAUAAAACCACAAAAAUCUCCUCAAACAUCGCGUGUGCGCCUGUCUCUGUGUGUGUGUGUGUUUGCGAUCCGUCGGCCUUUUCUUCGGUUUGUUUCUUUUCGCGUCUUAUAAGCCGAGCUGAGCUAAACCGAUCCCGAGAUCCGAAUCCCCGUCUCUCUUCUCGAGUUGUUCCUUUCGGUUUUUGGUCUGUCUUUGUCCCGGGCACGUAAUCCCUCUCUCUUCCUCCUCCCCUAAUCAACCUGCUGAUCUGAUCCCACCGGAGGGUUAAAACACAUAUACCUUAUACCUUAAAACCAUACCAUAGUGCAAAAGAGAGCGAGCGGGAGAGCGCGAGAGAUAGUCAUCGGUGCUUUCGACUCCAUCAAGAUUGUGCGCCUAAUUUGAAGCUGUAAUUAAUUUGGAUACCCUAAUAAAAACCCAGCCGUAAGACGGAAUCCAGAACCCAGAGCCCUAAAAUCAAGAACCCAGAAGCCCCCGCCUCCCUGUUUUCGAGGGGCGCUAUUUUAUUGCCCCGCACCGAUGCCUGCGCAAUAUGGAAUUGGCGAUUUGUAAAACAGAUCUGUCUGCCACGAAAUUCAUGCUGCCGCCCUCUUUGCCCACAUCUGCGGCCAUUGGAUCCUCAUCAUCAGCGGUCUCUGCAACGGCAUCCCACUUCCUCGAUAAGGCGGCCCACGAGCUCUUCCAAUUGAACGCCAUCAACGGACACCUGUUCAAGUCGCCGGCCAGCGGCCACCUCAAUUCGGUGGGCAAUCCGUCGAUUCUGAGCCAACUCAACGGAAUUAACAACAGCAGUAGCCACUCGGGCCAAGUCAGCACCAUGAGGCUCAAGAAGAACCGCAAAGUCACCUUUCUAUCCAGCCUAGUUGAGUCCAAAAACAUUUUCAUCAAGGAGGAGCCGAUCCAUGGUUGCAAGGAUCUCUGCAGUUUAUCGGAUAUUUCAGAUCAUGAGGCCUCGUUGGAAGUUCCCACCGCCUUGCCACCCCUCACCCCAGGCACCAAUCGCAAGGUCAACGAGGUACUAAAGGCCUCCUUUGCCUCCUGGGAAAAGGAGGUUCAAAACUGCAACAUAACCAAAGAUCCCCGUGAAUGGACGGAGGAGCAUGUCAUCUACUGGCUCAACUGGGCCAAGAAUGAGUUCUCGCUGGUCUCCAUGAACCUGGACCCCUUCUACAAGAUGAAGGGCCGUGCCAUGGUCGAUCUGGGCAAGGAGAAGUUCCUGGCCAUCACGCCACCCUUCACCGGCGACAUUCUGUGGGAGCACUUGGACAUCCUGCAAAAAGAUUGCGAGAAACCAAAUGAGGAUAUUGUGCAUGGCAAUUCCUUUGAGUCGGCCACCACGGCCUCGGUCUGUGGAUCGGACCACCAGGUGGCCAAUUACCCCACCGAGCCACCCGCCAACAGCAACAACAGCAGCAUAAACAGCCGCCUGUCCAUGGAUUAUGUGACGUCGGCGGCGAACAGUGAUAAUAAAAACUUCCACCGAGCCACGCCCCACUCCCUCAACGGCUACAACACCAGCAACACACACGACCGCAGCAACAACAGCCCGCCCCCGCAGCAGCAGCAAUCGCAGCAGCCGACUGUCAAUGGCAGCAGCAACGCCAGCAGCAACAACAACAGCAGCAACUCCAUGCUACCGCCCGCUGUCCAGCAGAACAACAACAACGAAAACAACAACACCAGCAGCAGCAGCAACACGAACAGCAGCAGCAACAGCAACAACAACAACAGCAACAAUGCGGGCAGCAAUAACAACAAUAAUAACAAUAAUAACAUCAACUAUAUGGCCACCAUGGCGGCAAUCUACCAACAUCACCUCAAAGAGGAGCCGGGCACCCAGAAUAGCAGCAUUGGCUAUGGCGGCAGUAAUAGCCAAAACGAUCCCACGGAUCUCAGUAGUUAUGGCCUGCCCGCCCACCUGGCCGCCUACAGCGGUGGGAGUGGCAGUGGGCCAACGGGUGGCGGGAGCUCCGGUGGCGAUGAAACCGAUUACCACAGCACGAUCUCGGCACAGGAUCAUCAGAGUCAGCAAUCGAGUGCAGGAAAUGGAAGUGGUGGAGGAGGAGCAAGUGGUGGUAGCACUGGGACCAGUAAUGGCUACAUGGACAGCAGCUCCGAGUUCUAUGCCAGCUACGCGGGAAGGAAUCGAUUCCAUGAUGGCUAUCCGCCGGAGUUUACGCCCUACGAUGCCCAAUCCUUCCAGUCGAUGGGCGCCCAGCCCACGGCAAUGGAUCAAUGGGGUGCCCAUGCCCACCAGCAUCCGGCGGCCUACAUGAGCACCCUGGGUCUGGACAAGGGUCUGCUGGGCGGCUAUACGACGCAGGGCGGUGUGCCGUGCUUCACAGGAUCGGGUCCCAUUCAACUGUGGCAAUUCCUGCUCGAGUUGCUGCUGGACAAGACGUGCCAGAGCUUCAUCUCCUGGACAGGAGAUGGCUGGGAGUUCAAGCUCACCGAUCCCGAUGAGGUGGCUCGUCGUUGGGGUAUCCGCAAGAACAAGCCCAAGAUGAACUAUGAGAAACUGAGUCGAGGACUGCGCUACUAUUAUGACAAAAACAUCAUCCACAAGACGGCUGGCAAACGAUAUGUCUACCGCUUUGUCUGUGAUCUCCAGAAUCUAGUUGGGCACACCCCCGAGGAGCUGGUGGCCAAGUACGAUCUUAAGAUUGAGAAGAAAGAUGUGGAUUAGCAGCAGAGCAGCGAAGAAGCUGCCUGAAUCGGGAGCAGUUCCAGGAGACCUGCUCCCAGCCACGGAUUGUACUCAACCAACCGCAAAAUACUUUCGAGCGUUAUUGUUUACCAAGCGUGAUGUUAGCUUUUAAGCAGCAGUCCCCCCAUCUGCGAUCUUGCUACGAGAUUAAAGUGUUGGCCAACCCACAAACCACCACCCACCAUCCCCAAAGCCCCAAGCCCACACCACACCCACCACCAACCUAUGAAAACCGAUUUACUUGUAAUUAUCGUGUAUAAAUUAGACUUUUGAAUUAAUUUGAAAUUAAUUUAAAAUACUUCAGAGUUAGACUUAAGCCGAUCUAAAGCAAGAGAACCAGUUGAAGAUGAAGCGAAUUAAAUUUGAGAAUUCUGUGUGCAA